UUUUAUAAUAAUUUGUUUGAACACUUGUUUUAACUAAAUAACUGUUGAAAUAAUAAAAAUAAUUAAAUUUAAAAAAAUGUUUCAUAAAUUUUUAUUGAUUUUACUUUUUACGCAUAACUUACUGUUAGAUCAAUCGGUGGUCAACAGUCUGACGUUCGGUAAUCUCACUAUUAAUGACCAGAAAUCGGGAAACGAUAUCGAGUUGCGGUCGAAUCACGCGAAAAAAGUGGACACUUUGGUUACCAGUUUUCUGAACGCCAACAUUUCAGGAGUACAGAAAAGUAGCGCCAAAUCGGCAAAAAUUGCGUUUUCGCGCGACCCGAGCGGUCAAAAUACAUUUGCCAUCGUUCAGGAAGUGGUUAACGACCAGAAGAUAUCUCAUUAUACUAUACAAUGGAUUAAUCCGACGCCUAAUGAAGAAUAUUGCAUACAUUUGUCUGACCAGCACUGGUAUACAACUUAUGAAGAGAAUGUCCAGCGCUGGCCAAUUGACCAGACGGUCCACUUUAAAUCGGCCGAACCGUUCUCAACCAAUGACCAGUUUCACAAUCCAAUUGGCGGUAUUCUUGAAUACCUGUUCAUCGGCUCCAAUGGUUUUGCUCUAUUCGUCGAAUAUACGGCACCAUUGUUUGUCCGACGGGACAGCAAUAACGGCAAACCAUUGUUUUGUUUCUCCGGCGACUACAAUAAGGGUCCCUAUAUUCACGCCAUUGAGAAAAGUCGUGUCAAACUGACGUUUCAUUUGGUGUCGGCCGACAACAUAAUGACUGUCUAUAGAUAUGCGACCGACAAAUGGAUUCAGAAACCGGUCGGUUAUCCCGACGAACGCAUGAUUACUUACCCGAUAUGGUCAACGUGGGCUAAAUAUCACGCAGACAUAACUCAAGACAAAGUGUUAGAGUUUGCCAAAGAGAUAAAAUCUCACGGCUUCUCCGGCAGUCAGAUAGAAAUCGACGACAAAUGGGAAGCAAAAUACGGCGACUUUACGUUUGAUACGAAAAAGUUUGUGAAUCCAAAACAAAUGGUCGACCACUUGCACGCCGAAGGAUUUCGUAGCACUUUAUGGGUCUAUCCGUUUGUCAAUACCGACAGUCAAGUCUUCAAAACAGGUGAAAAAUAUUUUAUAAAAUCUCAAAACGGGUCGGUAUUAGUGCAGGACUGGUGGGACGGUAAGGCAGCACACGUCGACUUUACCGACUACGACGCCCAACAAUGGUAUGUUCAACGGGUUAAGCAAAUCCGUGAAACCACUGGAAUUGACUCAUUUAAGUUUGACGCGGGAGAGCUCGGGUGGGUUGGAAAAGACUUUAAGCUAAGCAACGAAUGCAUACAACAAACACCCGUCCAAUUGACCGGUUUUUAUGCUGAAACCGUCUCUGAGUUGGGAAAUAUGAUCGAAACUAGAGUUGGCUAUAAAACACAGCACUUACCGUUUUUUGUCCGAAUGCUCGACAAACUGUCCGUUUGGGACUACAAUGGCGGACUACAGACACUAAUCCCGACAGCUCUUAUGAUGUCAAUCGGUGGCUACUCUUUCGUGUUGCCCGAUAUGAUCGGCGGCAACGCCUACGGAAACUUUCCUUCUAAAGAGCUGUACAUCCGAUGGCUUCAAGUAAACGCAUUGAUGCCAACCCUGCAGUUCUCGAUCACGCCCUGGGAUUUCAAAGAAUCUUCCGACGAAGUCAUAGCUAUAACCAAAGCAAUGCUCAAACUUCACGAACAGUAUUCACCACUAAUCAUAUCGUUGGCCAAAAAUGCCGUCAAAACAGGCGAACCUAUACUGCGACCGCUUUGGUGGGUGACUCCUGAAGACACCAACACUUUUGCUAUCGACGAUGAGUUCUUAGUCGGUAAUGAUCUGUUGGUAGCGCCGGUAACCCAUGAAAAAGCCAGACAACGCAAUAUAUAUCUACCGGAAGGCCAAUGGAAAGACCACAGAGGGGUUGUCCAUAAAGGCGGUCAAACUUUACGAGACUUCAAAGCAGACUUAAAUGAAUUGCCAUAUUUUAAUAGAGUUUAAUACAAUUCAAUGAGUUUUGU